ACAAGAGUAAAAGAAAAACAGAGUGAAAAUGAAGAGAAUGUCAACAUCAGUUUUUGGUUUGGGAGUUCUGUUGCUCCUCACAGUUGCAGCCAUGAAACCAGUGAAUGGAUUCAGCUGUAUGGAGGCAAAACUUUCAUUGUUGCAAUGCUUACCUUUUCUGACGAGCAGUCAAGAUAGCCCUUCAAGUGCUUGUUGUAAUGCAGUGAGCAGUGUGAGAGCUUCAGCACCUACAAAACCUGAACUUCGUGAGGCAUGUCAAUGUCUCACGACAGCCGUCGGUGAAUUUCCUAAUCUUGACAAAGAUAGAGCCAUUCAACUUCCUAAAUUAUGUAACGUUGAUGUCGGUUUUCCUCUCACCAAAGACAUCGACUGUAACACGAUCUCUCUUUGAGCUAGAGUUUUGAGGAUGAAAUGGGACAUUGAAAAUGUGGAACAUCCUUUCCUCUUUCAUGAAAAAAAUAAGAUUGUUUUCCUGAACUCUUGUGGAAGAAGAAUUUGUGUUGAAAUUAAAUGAUUAUUGAAGAGACAUAUUUAUAUAUAUUGUUGGUAUC